CAUACACAAGUAGAAACAGCAUCUAUACACAUUUAUAAUAUUGAGUGACGACCAAGAUGGCUCGAAAAGCUGCAUUCAUUUUGGUAGGCAUACUUGUAGUUUUUGUAGCCAUGGAGGCCGUCACUGUUUUAGGUCAAGGAAGCGGGAACUAUGAUGAUCAAAAUGCUGAGACAGGGAUUGAUGGAAGUAGUAAUGCUGGUGGCAAUGAAGAAGUACAAAGCGAUGACCAGAAUGUAAGCGGUGGCAACGGGAAUGGGAAUGGAAAUGGUAAUGGCAACGAGGGAAGCGGAAAUGGGAAUGGCAAUGGUAACGGGAAUGGGAAUGGAGGCGGUGGAAAUGGGAAUGGCAAUGGUAACGGGAAUGGGAAUGGAGGCGGUGGAAAUGGGAAUGGCAAUGGUAAUGGAAAUGGUAAUGGUGGUAAUGGCAACGGUAAUGGUAAUGGAAAUGGUAAUGGUGGAAGUGGAAAUGGAAAUGGGAAUGGCAAUGGAAAUGGUGGAAGUGGAAAUGGAAACGGUAAUGGCAACGGAAAUGGUAAUGGACUUGAUGGCGAUGGUAAUGGCAAUGGGAAUGGUAACGGCAAUGGCAAUGGGAAUGGGAACGGUAACGGCAAUGGCAAUGGGAAUGGGAACGGUAAUGGCAAUGGAAAUGGCAACGGCAACGGGAAUGGCAAUGGCAACAGUGGUAGUGGCAAUGGAAACGGCAAUGGGAAUGGUAAUGGAAACGGGAAUGGAGAUGGCAACGGAAAUGGAAAUGGUGACGGGAAUGACAACAACAACGAUGAUGAAAACAACAACGGAAAUGAUAAUGACGACAACAAAAACGGCAACAACGAUGCUUCUAACAAAUAUGACGUAAAGAAACCCGAGCCAGGCUCACGCAAGGAACAAGCUGUAUGCAAAAGUAAAGGCUCAUGUUACAACACCACCUUAACUUGCCCAUCUCAAUGCCCUGAGAGGAAGCCCAAGAACAAGAAAAACAAGGGAUGCUUCAUCGACUGCAAUACCAAAUGUGAAGCCACCUGCAGAAACAGAAAACCUAACUGCGAUGGAUACGGUUCAGUGUGCUACGAUCCUCGAUUUGUUGGCGGUGAUGGAGUGAUGUUCUACUUUCACGGAGCCAAGGGACGCGACUUUGCUAUUGUCUCAGACACCAAUUUACAGAUCAAUGCUCACUUCAUUGGCACUCGGCCUAUUGGAAGGCGCCGCGAUUUCACAUGGGUCCAGGCCCUCUCAGUCAUGUUCGACAGCCACACUCUAGUCCUCGCAGCCAAAAGAGUCUCAAAAUGGGAUGACAAUGUCGAGUCCCUCAUCGUGAGGUGGGACGGGGAGGAUGUCAAUAUCCCCACCGACGGAGAGGCCGAAUGGAGGAUCAACAGCCAACAAAAAGAAGUGGUCAUUGAAAGAACCGACGACACCAACACGGUUAAACUAAGUGUCGAUGGCCUCGUGGAGAUCGAUGUCAAGGUGACCCCGAUUGGAGAAAAGGAGAACAAUGUUCACAACUAUCAGUUACCAUCAGACGAUGCUUUUGCUCAUCUGGAGACGCAGUUCAAGUUUUUCAGCUUAUCGGAUCGCGUAGAGGGAGUUCUGGGAAAGACUUAUAGGACAGACUACAUCAGUCCGGUUAAGAGAGGAGUGCUGAUGCCACUAAUGGGAGGGGAAGACAAGUAUCGAACUCCGUCUCUUUACUCUCCGCUCUGCAAGGUUUGCUUGUUUCAGAGACAAUCUGCACCAUCUGCUGCAUUUUCUAUUAUGUAAUUUUGAUUUAAGUACUUGCUUAUUUUCAAGCUGAUAGUGAUCAGUAAGUAAUUUCUUUUUCUGUUGUAAACAAGCAUGCAUGCAAUGCAAUGCAGCAACAUGUGAUGUAACCUCUGAAUAAUAUUGCAAUAAAGGCCAGAAAC